AUCAUGUGACAAUAUUUAUUAAAUGAGCUAUUGUAGAGGCUUUGAGUUUUAUUUAUGAUCUUCAUAUAUACUGAGUGAACUGAAAACAUACAGUUUCAAUUAUGAGCGGGAUAUUUUCAAUUUUGGCUAUUUUUCUCGCAGUUAUCACAGGUGUUUUUGCCGGUGAUUUUUGCUUCACAAAUGAAGAUGGAUUCCAGUACUGUUACGGGAAAUGUUGUGACUUGGGUGUAUUCUAUUUAAACUGGAGGUAUUGUUGUAAUGGCGGAAGUAUGAGUGGAGGUGCCAUGAUAGGGAUCGUGAUUGCAUGCAUUUGCGUGAUAAGUUUGACCAGCACAGCCAUAUACUAUUUCUUCUUCUACCUUCCAAAUGAGAAAAAGAGAAAAACCAAUCCAAUGCAGCCAUCACCCUACCCUGCCACGGGCGUAGCCAUGACCUCUACUAGCGGACAUAUGUUCCAGACGACCCCCGCAUACCCGAACCAAGAAAAUCUGUAUAAUUCAGCUGCGGUUUCUAAAGUUCCAGAUGCACCACCGGCGUACGUGGCGCCAACACAGUCAAGACAGGUCACCAGAUCAAGUGACCCUUUUGCCACACCAUAUCGUGACCCAUUGCAAGCAAGAUAGCCUUUGUUUUGAGGAACAUCUAUCAAGAGCUAUUGGAAGCUAGAAUGCCUUUGUUGUGAAGAACAUCAAAUAACUAACAUACGUACAUAGAUAAGGAUUAUGUACAAUGAACGCAUAUCUCAUAAUGUGUGAAUUAUCAAACCCCAAUUGCAAUGAACAUUUAUAUUGCAUGACGUCAUUUAUUCUACCAUGUUACUUUGUAAAUAUUAAAUUAUGUUUUUGCUAUUUUACGGAUCGAAAUCAAAGAAAAGAGCCCGGGAUAUCGUUCCUAUUCGUCUUCUCCUCAUCCUAGACUAGAAAGUUGAUAAAUUGAAAUUAGAUACUACGCUUGUCAACAAUAAGCAAAGCUCUACAUCUGAAUAUCGAUCAAAAGUAGCCUUUAUGUUCAUAAUGUUUAUAAUCAUUAUUUUUUUGCUAUCAUUAAUUUUUAUGGUUUCAUUUGUUAACGUUGCUAUCACGUAACGUUUAUAAAAUUGAACGUAUGUACUUGUUACAUGACAUUUGUAAGAAUAUUAAAAGUAGUUGCAUCGGCACGGUCAGGGAAAACGUAUGCUCUUUCAUAUAAUAUGAAUUAAAGACAUAUUAUAUUUUUUUCAGUA